AUGGUGGUACAGACUACGGUAGCGGUGCUGGACAUGGGGCAUAGAGAUGUCCCUACCUAUGGGUCAACAUUAGUCAGUCAGGAAGAUAAGGGGUCCCUCAGCCUCCAGGAGAGCAGCAGGGUGGACCAAGACCACGAAUGCGUGUACUGUUACCGCGUCAACCGGCGCCUGUUUCUGGUGCCUUCGGAUCCUGUCCCCUGCCGCCUGUGCAGGACACCUCGGGACCAGUGGGGCCCCGAGACCCUGGUGGAGCCCACGCAGGUCAGGGUGAGCAUCCCGCUGUCUGUCCUGGACCCUCCGCACCGGCACCGCCUCCACCGACGGAAGAGCUUGGACGCUUCUGACAUGCUGCCCCUGCCCCGGCACUGCCUGAUGGGCUGGGACAUUCUCCCUCUGAAGCCCGAGAAAAGCUCAGCCCCCAAGAGCCUGGACCUUUGGUCCUGUGUCUCCUCCGAGGCCCAGCACCGGAAGCUGUCAGCUGCCCGCCUGGCUCAGCCAACACGAGUCCCACCCUCCACCCCAUUCCGGUCACAACUCCAGCCUCGCGCGCCCUGGCCGAAGCCCUGAGGACUGGCCACCCGGAGGAGGGCAGAGCCCCUGCCAUCCCCCCUAACCCCUCUCCUCUGGCAGGGCACCCACCAGAGGGGAGCCCUGCCUGGCUUCAGCUGGAGGUGAACGUAGUCCCCACCCUCUUGGGUUGGGCAGGUGGAUGGGCUCAGGCCCUUCUCCUUCCUGGAGACAGAGGUGGGGACUCCAGGGUUGGGGGGUGCGGGUGAAAGAGGAUGGGGUGACAUGUUUGUAAAUAAAGCUCAGUGCCC